ACACGAGGCAAUGUGAUGUCGAGGCUGCUAUUCCAGAUGCUGCUGGACCACCGUAGCCGCAGCGAGGCAAGCCGCAUGGUGUGCGCACGGACCAACGGCGCAACGCCGCUGGUGAUGGCCGCCAAGAACGGACACCUCGCUUGCGUCGAGUAUCUGGUGGAAAGAUGCGGCGCCGAUCUGGAGCAGGUGGGAUCAGUUGUGUUUGACGGCGAGACCAUAGAUGGAGCCCCCCCGCUAUGGUGCGCUGCAGCAGCUGGCCACCUCGACGUUGUGUCCUACCUGUUGGAGAAGGGCGCCAAUGUCAAUGCCACCACGAAGACCAACUCCACCCCCCUCAGAGCAGCUUGCUUCGACGGUCACUUCGAGAUCGUCAAGUAUCUAGUGGAACAUAAUUCAGACAUCGAGGUUGCCAAUCGCCACGGCCACACGUGUCUUAUGAUUGCAUGCUACAAGGGCCACUUCGAUAUUGCCAAAUACCUCAUAGAAAUUACUGCUAAUGUAAACCGCAAGAGUGUGAAAGGAAACACUGCGCUACAUGAUUGUGCGGAGUCAGGUUCUCUGGACAUAAUGAAGCUGCUAUUAGACCACAAUGCCAAAAUGGAUGUAGAUUCAUAUGGGAUGACACCAUUACUAGCAGCCAGUGUUACAGGCCACACACACAUCGUAGAGUACCUAAUCUCACGGACAGACCUCGUCUCCCGCAAAGACAAAAUAGAUGCCUUGGAAUUACUCGGUGCUACAUAUGUUGACAAAAAGAGAGACAUGCUUGGAGCUCUUAGGUUCUGGAAGAUGGCUAUGUCAGAGAGAUAUGAUAAUGGAGAAAUGAUCUACCCAAAGCCAGUACAGCAGUCUCCUAUUGCUGCUUAUGAAAACUCUAUAGAAGUUAUGACCUUACAUCAACUAGAAGAAAUUAUCUCAGACCCAGAUGAGAUGAGGAUGCAAGCACUGCUGGUACGUGAGAGGAUCCUGGGACCUGCCCAUCCAGACACCAGCUAUUACAUUCGGUACCGAGGUGCUGUAUAUGCAGACACUGGCAACUUCGACCGCUGCAUCACCCUCUGGAUGUAUGCUCUAGACAUGCAGCAGAAGAUCUUGGAGCCCCUGAGCCCUAUGACCCAGAGCUCGUUUGUGUCCUUUGCAGAACUGUUUUCAUUCAUGAUGAGUGAAGCCAAGAACCGGGGAAGGAGGGUGCCAGUGGUCAACUUCUGCGAUAUGAUGCGUGUGUUUGAAAAGUGUCUAAGAGAGGUAGAGGUGGGCAUGUUUCAACUCAAUAAGGGUGUCACCAGUUAUGGGGGCAUGCUGGCAAGUGGCGGUGGGGAGCGAGACACCACCUAUUUCCACCGUACACUGGUAAUCACGAUGCACCUUGUGUGCCUUCUCACCAAACUAGGACCAAGCUUGACACCCUUGCAGCGCCAUGCCAUGAGGAAAGCUGUGUAUGAUCUGGUGCGGUUGGAUCCACGCGGAUCUGGAGGUGUCACUCCACUCCACCUUGCUUGCUCCCGGGACUCCUCAGCCACCAUCGGGAGGUUCCCCAUCUGUACCUUCCCAAGUGCAGAGGUGGUCUCUCUCCUGCUGGAGGUGGGUGCUAACCCUUGUGCCACUGAUCACCAGGGCAACACACCCCUCCACACCCUGGCCAGCAACAAGCAGUGUCGCCGUGACCUCCUCAUGGCCCUGCUCUCAGCUGGCGCUCACCUUGACACCCUCAACCGUUCAGGACAGAGUUUUGCCUCCAUCAGGGCAUCCAGAGGUCAGCGCCUCCACCAGCUGAUCAAUCCCCUACAGCACACCUCCCUCCAGUGCCUCGCUGCUGCCACGCUGCGACGCCACGGCCUCCUCUAUGAAAAUACAUUGCAUCCUCGUCUGUCACAUUUUGUUGACCAACACUGAUCUUGGCUGUAAAUAGAUCAGUGGCACCACUCCAUGUACAUAAUUAUAGAGGUUAAGCAUGUGUACAUUUUAUACAUAAUGACAAUAAUAAUCUUUACAUUUGAGUAAAGGCAUAUGUAGCCAUGAUGAAUUGGAAGAUGUGUGGCGUCAUCUCCAAAUGGCAUUAUAUCGUAAGUGGCCCAGCACCUGUGUCACCGGCACGGUUGGUGGCCCCUCUUGGCUGUCACCUGCCUUAGAGGCCUCCUGACAUAGCAGAAUGGAAAUAUUCUUAACAGUUUAUUGUGUAUUUCUUUUUGUGCUCAUAACUGUCAAAUGCACCCACCUGUAGCCUUGGUAACAGGGCUAAAAGCUAAACUAUUAUUUUUUAAGACUUAUAUUGUUUGUCACCCACAAACUUUGUAUCUUUGCUGAAAAUUGUCCAUAAUGUAAUUGUUGAGAGGUUUGAGGGUGGGCAGCGGCUCAGGGGAGAUGUCAUUCCAGCUUUGUAAGGCAAAGUUGGAAAGUGAUUAUGUGCAGAAUGCACCAGGUGCUAUGAUAUGUGUUUUGAGGAAACUUCAUUGCAUAAUGUAUUUUAAGUGUAAUACAUAUUUACUUGACUAUUAUGAAAAAAAUAAUAGUGUAUUUUACUCUUGUAUUUUACUACAAAGCACAGCAUCAAAGCAGCUAAAGCAUUUCUCUUCCACCAGACUAUUUGAAUAUCACUAUCAUAAGUACUUUCUCCAUGGCAACAUAGUGGAUGCAGUAUUCCAUAGAGAAAACUAUCUUUAUGGUCAGUCACUUCAGAUGACAGCAAGAAUGGAAUUCACUCUUUAUGUUGGGCAUCUACAUAAAAUAUACCCAAAUUUGUUUUCUCUUCUUUCAGAAACAUCAUUCACAUUUUUAAAAGAACACCAAAUUUGCUAGAUUUAUUUAUUUUUUUUUUUUUUUGUCUCUUAAGUUAAAUGAAUAAUCCUUCUUGUCUGUCUAGUGUGAGGAAUGAAGUGCCAUAGAACUGCAUGAUAUUCACUUAUGUAUGACCAUGUUAUCAUUCGGCUAAUCAACUUUUCAAGCCACCUGUAAUGAAGAGCAACCUGAACAGCAAAGCCUAAAUUCCUAUUGUGGGGUUCAUCUGUGAUACUAUAUUUUUCUUGCAUUUUUCUUAUAGAAGUAGAAUAACAGUUUUAUACAUGAAAUACUGAUUCAGUCAUUAAUCCCGAAUCUGCAUUGUGAGGUACUGCGUUUGUCGGGUAACACUAUGAAUACAGGAUCCUUUGUUUCAUGCUCAAUCAGACCAGAGACCAUCAGUGCUCCUGUGUGAUGUCAGGAGUCCUCACAGUAAUUCUGAGGUGCUUUCCAGACAAAUCAUUGCUGAAGAAUAUGUUGACUUUAACAACUGUCUGUCCAGGAAAAGUUCUUCUGUUUUAUUUUACUUUUUAUUAUUGAUUUGGCUCUUAAGAAAUGAUGAAUGGAUAAUGAUACCUUAUAUGUAUCAUUUUUGAUGUUGGUGUUCAGUGUUUUCUAUGAUGUAACAAGCUAUAUUAUUCUUUUUUCAUUUUAAUCAAAGGGAUCCAAAUAAAGAUUUUCCAAGCUCUCCAUAAGGUGUGUUGUAAGCACAUGACAAGUUUCAAUCACCAGAGUUUGAUGCAUGUGUACCAUACUACAGUUAGCAUUUUAUCAUUACAUAAAUACAUACUUAAAGAGCCAGGAAUUGCAUUGAGUCAUGCUGUUGGGCUAAGAUUUACUCAUUUUACAAGAAUGAAAAUGUUGUAAGAUGCCUAAGCCCUGCCCUCCCUGAAAUGUGGUUGUGUGCUUUUAUAACCAUUUCCACUGUGUUUGCUUGAUACUCAGAUGUCUGAGUGAACCUGUGGUGUGGCACUGCCUUGCCUUGCCUUGGGGGUGGUGAGGCUGUCCUGUGUAAUACGGCAUUUUGUCAUGUCCAGUACAAUUUGAAGCUGAUUUUUUAAAAUGCCAAAUGUUGAACAUUUGUUGUAAAUUUUGAAGCAGUUCUUAGAUAUAUAUAAGCAGAAUAUGGCCUGACUAGGAUAAUGAGGUAAUCAACACCAUUAACUGUGAAUUGGAUCCUUAAGCAUUAGUUUCUAAAAUACUAGUACUUGAUUUAUGUUUGGAUCACAUUUAAAUUAAUAUUCUAAAAGACUAUUCAUGAAGUUUGCAUCUUAAGGUGUGAUUAACUCAUACAGUCAAAACCUGAAGUUAAUGGCCCACUCACUUAAGUGGAUGACUGACGUCUUUUCUAUUGGUGUAUGUGUUUGCUUUACCACAAUGAGCUGGUCUCUCCAGAAGUAACCCCUAAGUCAACAUCUGCUACAGUAGGGUGAACAAAUAGCUUUGGGUACUGACUAACUCGAGGAGUGUCUUAAUUUUUCCCCAAUCUCCAUUUAUUAAUACUUGCUUUGUAUAAUUCAUAUGUUUCAUCUAAUUUUGCACCAAAAUUUUUGUCAGAAUUUCUUCUAAUUUGAACUAAGUAAACUUCCAAAGCCUCACUGUUGGGUUUCAGUUUUUACUCAAAAAAAAAAAAAAGUUUGUCUAUUUCAUGUAAAUUUACUGGCAACUGAAAAAAAAAAAAGGAAGUUAUGUAAACUCCAGAUUGUCUGGAGAAAAAUAAUAGCAUGCAUUAUUACAGAGGGUGAAAGACGCAAGAUCUAUGGUCAACCAAGUUACAACACGGUGCAAGAAGCUGACCAUUAACUACUGUAAUAUGAAUUUUGAUACGCAGUUGGUAUCAAAUAUUAAAUGUUUAGCUUUCUUUUUCAUUGGUAUAUUUGAGGACAUGCACCCUGUAUGGUGUAAAAGUUUAGAGCAUAACUAAAAUUUGAAAUAUUAAACUAAAACUUGAAAGGUCUGGGACAUGGAAUUACACUAGAUUUUUUUUUUUUUUUUUUCUUAUGCAUAUUUCAUAUGUAAAUAGGAAAACUGAUAUUUGACAAAGGCUUCUUAUGGCAAUAAGCCUUCGGCCCUACUCUGCAUAUGUGACUAGAUCUAUGGAUGCAAAAUGUGAAAUAUUUAAUCUUUCAAAAGAGAGGAAAUUUAAACAAACCAAACCUUCCUUCUGUUCCUGUCUUGAGCUUCAAAUACUACUGGACAAUCUUGAAAAAUGUGUUUCCUGUAUGUUACAGUAUUGGCCCUCAGUGCUAUCAAACAUGGUUGUUAUUUACUUAAUGAGUCACUUUUACCACUUUUCUGAUAUUGAUUGUGAUGUAAUUGCUCAGUGAUGUCAGCAGUGAAGACAUGUCUGGUGUUCAUGAUUCAGUGGUUUAUUUGUAUUUGUUGGUCUUUCUGCAGCAAUUCUUUUCAGGAAUAAAUCAAACUGGUUGGUUAGCCUUAAAGACUAGUGUUCUGUGGUUGUGUAUGAUGUGUAAUGCUUAGCAAGAACAGAGUAAAAGGAAAAUUGAGUUUCAAGACAAAGCUGCAAGCGAGCCUUCUUAGAUAAUGACGGCAGUGAUGACAGUGACAUGCAUUAAUAAAUUUUCUAAAUGAAA